AAAUUGGCGCGAUCCCCGGAAGUUAGUUUGUGACGUCAUAAUCACAUUGGUUUUGUAAUAAUAGAAAAAUGAAUGACGAAAUAAUAUAUUCGCUCAUUUUAUUUUUAUCGAUCGUCGUUGGAUUUCCUUUAAGAAAAUUGAAAUCAUUUAAAGCGAAACAGAUAGCGACAGGAGGGUUUGGAUUUCUGGUCGUGUUCGGUGUUUGUGGGUUUGAUGGAUUAUAUUCGUUCAUCGCUUGUGUGGUCAAUACAGUCAUCAUAAAGUGUUUAAGAAGGAAAACUGCGUUUGUUUCGUUCAUUUGGUCGUUUUCGUUUUUAUUGUUUUUCCGAUGUGUCACAUGGUUCGGAUUGGAACGGCCGUCAGCGUUGGCGAAUGCUGUCCAACUUAUGUUAACAUUAAAGUUGGUCAGCGUUGCCAUAGAAAUCCAGGAUUACCGUUCAAACAAGCGUGGCUUGGUAUCAGAACCAACAACAAUGGACAUGUUCUGGUAUUCCUAUUGUUACACAGGACUAUUUACAGGCCCCUUCUUUAAAUACCGAACUUACCAUGAUUACCUCGCCAACGAAACCGAAACCUUUAUCCCUUGGAAGAAAGAAGUUUUCACUCGCUUGCAAAACAUUGGGAUGUUUGGUGUUCUGUACGCCGUGGUUUCGUUUAAUUUCAACAUCAACGUUCCGAAGUCGGAUGCAUUUUACGAACAACCAUUCUGGUUCAGGUUGUUUUACAUGGUACCCAUAUUCUUUAUCGGGAGGAUGAGAUUUUACUCGGCGUGGUUAUUAGCUGAAUGCUCAUUUGUCACUCUCACAUUGGGGGCUUACCCCACCUCUAGCAAACCAAGGCCGGGUAACGGACCAACUCAGGAUAAACAAGAAGGAGACGAUAGUUAUAGUUUUGAAACAAUCCGAAACAUUGACCCUUACAACUGUGAUUUCACCUCAACCAUUAGACUUGGUAUGCGGAACUGGAACAUGGGGGUACAGUGGUGGUUGGCUAACUAUAUUCAUAAAAGGUGGCCUCAGAAUAUGAAGCAUCUAAGAGUAGCAGGGGUGAUGGGUGUAAGUGCGUUCUGGCACGGAAUCGAACCCGGAUUCUACGGAGCUUUCCUCAGCAUGCCUUUGUUCAUGCUGGCUGAGGAUCAAUUGCAAAAGUUGAAGGUUUAUCUUCCAACCAAAGUACAAGAUUCAUACGAUUGGGUUCUUUGGUUCUUUAAGUUCCGUGCGUUUGAAUAUAUGUACAUGGCGUUUGCUUUGUUAACAUGGGAGGACACGUACAGAUAUUGGAAAUCUAUUUAUUUCUGCUUUCAUAUUAUCGCAAUAAUCAUCAUUAUGAUAUCACACCUGUUUCGAUCCGUUAUAAGGAAACCUCGUUCCAACGAAGAAAAACUGAAAUAAAUUUGUUGUUUGUGUAUUAUGUGAUUUACCAUGCGUCAUAGAUGAAUUACGUCAUAGUUGAAUUACGUCAUUACUGAACUACCUUAUAUUUGGACACUUUUAUAUUUUUUUUGGAUAAUCUUUUACAAACUUGGUAAACCUAAAUAAAUUGCUGGUUACCAAUUUAAAUAAUUCCAUAUAAACCCCUACAUGCAAGUGGUUCCCAACCUAUGUUAGCUACCAUAUGUGGAACGCCAGUGGUUUAUUUAGCUUUACAAACACAUGUUAUUUUUCCCUCGAAUACGGAAACGAAUUUUCUGUUAAUUGCAAUGUGAUUAUUUUAGUUCUGAAAUAACUGAACUGUGUGUUUGAAAUUGUAUGCAAGAUAUUUUUAAUCGAAAUAAAAACGAAGACGAGAAGCUUA